CCUCCAUUCUUGUGUUUUCCUAGUUAGUACAGUGUUAUGGUAUAUUUAUCUAGAUUCUCUUUAAGUAACAAAUCUCCAUCGCUGUUUAAUGAGUGAUAGUUGGACAGUCACGUCAUCUGCUUGGAAUGAUUGAAGCAAUAAAUAUCCUGAAUUGCUGAAACAGAAUGAAGCUGAAAGCAUUGAUAUGGACAAGACGUAAAGUAAAACUUGUCAUAGGUCUUGUGAUUCUACUCAUACUCGUCAAUGAGGAGUUUUGCUAUUUUGCCAGCAGAUGGCACUGGCCGCAGCUGUCCAGCUCUGUAGCCACCGAUCGCAAGCUCACUGUGAUGCUGGUAUCCGAUCCACAGCUGAUUGGAUAUCGCAAUGAACCAAGCUUCCUGGGGUGGCUCACACGCUGGGAUUCAGACCGGUUUCUGAGAAAGACAUUCAACAUGGCGUACGCCCACCUACAGCCGGAUGUCNGUUACGCGCCCGCAUCCUCGUUCCCAGGUGCGCUCAACCAUGCUGCGGCCAAGAAACAGGACCUGGAGGCGUGGUUCCCGGGAUCGGGAGCGUUCCGAGAGCUCGUCUCCUGCUCAAACUGCACCGACUACCAGGCGCGGCGGCUGCUGGUGCGGUACGGACAGACGAAGAAGAUGAGCGGACAGGUGGAUUACGUUCACAUGUUGAAUGCGACAAUGUGCGCCACCACGCGCGUGAUCUGCGCGAUACUCGAGAACAAUCAGACGGAGAGCGGCAUCGCCAUUCCCGCCUCGCUGAAGCUUUUCAUGCCACCUGGCUAUGACGAGGUCAUCCCCUUUGUGAAGCCGGCUCCAAUAGACGAGGCUGUGACGAAGAAGACGAAGAAGCAGAAGGAAGGAUCCCACCAGAAGGGCAAGAAGUCGGCGGCAGAGAAGCCGGAGAAAUGAGAGGGAUCGUCGUCGUUGCCGCGACGACAGUUGCCGUGGCGACGGUCAUCCAGCACGCAUCGGCGUUCCCGCGUCGAAGCAUUGGGAAGGAAGGCGGGAUGGUGUUAGUGGAAGAGAUUGUCCGACGGACGAGUCGCCCAUGCCAGAUACUACUGCUGACUUGUUUGUGUUGCCGCCGAGGCUUCAGCUGGGAAGUAGCGGUAUUUUUCAGCAGCUGGUGCGCCGUGUGUGACGACAUGCGGAUGUGGAGGCUGGUGCUCGCAGCUUGUCACUAAUCUCACGGAUGUUGUCAUGACGACAACGGACUUUGAUCGUCCAUCCACAUCAGAUGAGAUGAGCUCAUGGGUGUACUAACGUUUAUUAAAGUUGUGUGAGCGGUCGAUCUCGGAAGGGGUGACGUGUCUGUCCCCCAUGAUGGGGCGGUGUUAACACAUUGUUUGUUUUGUCUAACCACGCGCUGGUAGUUACUCGACUGCCAACACGAUGACACUCUCAUAGAGGGCACCACUUUCAGCACGUAGCUCCAACGGAUCGGAUCAUUGGAUGUAAAACGAUAUUGGGACUGCACUAAGAAUGGUGUUGGAAUGAUUCUGUUGAUCGGUGAACUGUGGUUGAGGAGAUUUAUGAAGGAAUUUCUUGUCUGACAUAAAGAAAUGGGGAAAAUCGGCAAUUUAUCUUUGCAUUCGCAUGACAUCUGUCGACUAGCACUGACAUGUAGUCUGUGACCACUGGCUUACUGUCUCUAUUAAAAGUGCUCUCAAAAUUGUCUUCGCCUUUCUUGCUCUGACUGUACCACUUUCUUUUUCUUUCACUCGCUCUUCUCUCUCUCUCUCUAUCUCUUGCUUUCGAAGAGUAACACCUCGAAGCUUGCAAAAGAUGGAGAGUGAUUACAAUUUCUCUACAGGUGAGGAUUACGAUUGAGUCUAGACUUCGACACUCUUCAUGGCCGAAGCACGCAUAUUCAUAGCCGACAUGUACUUUGUUGUUCUAUUGCCUUGGAAUAUGCGUUCUCUUGCCCUCGCAAUGGAUCCUGUUGCUCCGGUGAUGUAUUUUCCUCUCCCCCCCCCCCCAGCAGGGUGCUUUUCGUUGUCAUGGGAAGGUGGGGGUUCUGCUGCCCUCCCAGCGAGUCACGUUACCAUGGCGAUCUUGCGUCGCGGUCAUUGUAUCGUGAUGUUAGCGCUGUACUUACGGGAGAGCACUUGCGGGGGUGUGAGGUGUUUCUCUGGUUGCAUUAUUUAUUGUUGUAUGCGUGGGUAACGCAGUCCAGCACUCGCGCGCGUCGUGUUGCGUGUGUUUAUGUCCAAGCCUGCCUGCUGAAAUAAACGCAAGCAUUUAUGACGCCAUUCUA